UUUACACGCAAUAGGCAAGCACGAUUAUUAUGGGACAAACGUGUUGCUCGCCAUGUCGGAAAUUACACGUAGCCCCUGAAAGCACCACUCGGCCUGCUGUAAACUGCAUAGUGAUUCUGUGGAUUAUCCCUAUCUACUGGGGCGGGCCUUUUCCGUGUUGCUGCUACAGGGAUACCAAGAUGGAAAUUCAGGGGCUAUCUGAAGCCCAAAACAUUCACUCUCAACAUGGCGCCCUACAAAGAACCACUUCGUCUCCACUUCGUUCGUCUACAGGAUCGAGACCUCGUUUUAUUUGCGCUGAAAAUGAAACGGACGGACAACUGCCGAUGUCUGAACCACAAAGAGACAACAACAACAACACCAGGCCGAGGACAUCGCCGUUUCGCCUACUGGCGGAAAAUGGCAGCGGGACAGCUUGUUUGCCUAUUAGCAAACAGCAACCAACCGAUAAAACUAAUCUUCCGAAACCGGCUCUUGGACUUAAUAACGUGAACACUGAGAAAGAAAAUGAGCUCAGCGCACUACUCGAUUGUCCUGAGUCCGUUAAACCUGCGUGGAGAUACGGGAUUGAAAGUGUGGAUACUGUAAUGCAAAUGGCGCUGCCUCUGUUUGAAGGGGAAGAGGAACCGAUACCGCAGCGGCAACUAACGUUACCAUUUCCAGGUUUACGGCAGCAGCGUGAGGACGGCGCCUUUAAGCAGACUUCACUUGCCACCCGAAGCGCUGCUGCGCCGGAGAGCUUCUGCGCGGCGAACAGGGCAGAUAGAACCACCCAGGAAUUAUUUGUUGUUUUUAAUCUCGUUGAAGAGGAUGGCAACGGUGAGGAAAGCAAAUACCGAGUGGAUGUAUCAUCUGAGGACCGCGAUAAAAUAAAAGCUAAAAAGCAAGAGUGCUCUAAAGCAAGUCCCUGUGGCUUCAUGGAGGUUGGAAACAGCAGUAACGUUCUUCUCUGUGAAUCUAAUGACAACUUGAACUGUCUUGAUACCCAGGCCUUGAAAAAAACUGAGUACGUUUCCAAUCUUCUGAAAGGUAAUUCUACCGUGGUAAGUGCUAAACAGACUGGUGUCUGUCACCACACUAUCAAAGACGUAGUUUUGACAAACAAAUAUGGCGAUAAGAUUUGUGGUCAGAUUUGUACCGAAAACGACGAGAGUAAACUGGCCAGGGCGCUUUCGCCACAGUCCCGUAUUGACGAAAGCAGUGCCUUGGUUUCGGGGAACUCUGGCAUUUCGGAAGCCAUGGACACCUCGGACUUUAUUUCAGACUCAACUGGGCUGCAGGGCAGUGUAAACCCAGUCAUGGCCUCCAUAAGUCCGCCUGCCAGUGAAACCUUUUCCGGAACUAUCACGAUAAACAAUCAAAGCAUCAUAGUGACCAUAGAAAACGGGAUACUGACUCUCGCUGCCCCACCAGAGGGACAUGUACACAAAGAGGAUGACAUGGUCAGCUUGAAGGAGCAUCUAGGCAUGAAAGACCAUGAGGAUAUUGUUCUUCUUAACUAUGACAGUGGCACUAAAUCCAUCGGGAAGAUCAGCACUCUUGCAGUAUCCAGCACCAGCCAGCAGGAAGAACCCAAACCUGGUUUGUCUGUGAGUGACUCAGAGCUGGCUCUGGUGGAUGACUGCUCAUUAUCAGAGCUUGGAACUUCUCUGGACUCCUGUUCCAUUGUCAAGCAGGAAGCAGGGGUACUGUGUGCUGUAACAGAGGCUGAUCUGGUCACCCCAUCCCCCAAAGCCACUGUGGCAAGCUGUGACAAUGAGGACUUCCAGUCUGUGCCACCAAUUAAGUCUAAGAAAGAGACUGUGGCCUCUUUUGGAUGCCCAGAACCUGGCUGCUCCAGCUCAUUUGAUACACGUCAGAAACUCAAGGUUCACCUCCUGCACCACGCAGAAGAUCCACGUCCCUACCAGUGCACUGUAGAGGGCUGCGGCUGGGCUUUUGCCACUUCUUACAAGCUAAAGCGGCACCUUCAGUCCCAUGACAAGCAGCGGCCACAUACCUGCAAUUUUGAAGGCUGCGGGCGGCGUUUUACUACAGUGUACAACCUUAAGGCUCAUGUAAAAGUACAUGAACAUGACAAUUCCUUCAUUUGUGAGAUAUGCAGUGAGAGAUUUCGCAGUGCUGCACGACUUGCCAAUCACCAGAGGGUCCACUUUGAGCCGCAGAGGCCCCACAAGUGUGAAUUUCCAGGCUGUGAGAAAACCUUCAUCACCUUCAGUGCCCUGUUCUCCCAUAAUCGCACUCACUUUAGAGAAACUGGCCACUUCACCUGCACCUACCCAGGCUGUGAUAAGACUUAUGACAAAGCCUGUCGCCUCAAGAUCCAUAUGAGGAGUCACACUGGUGAGAGGCCGUUUGUCUGUGACUCAGAGGGCUGUGCCUGGUCCUUCACCAGUAUGUCAAAGUUACUCCGACACAAACGGAAACAUGACGAUGACCGUCGAUUUGUCUGCACAGAGGAGGGCUGUGGAAAGUCUUUCACCCGUGCAGAGCAUCUCAAGGGUCACAGUAUCACUCAUCUGGGCACUAAGCCCUUCCAGUGCCAUGCAGAAGGCUGUAAUGCCAAGUUCUCAGCACGCAGUAGCCUGUACAUCCACUCCAAGAAGCAUAAGCAGGACACCAGCACCCUGAGGACCCGCUGUCCUGUGUCCAACUGCUCCAAGCACUUUUCCUCCCGCAGCAGCCUUAAGAGCCACAUGCUCAAACACCACCACCUCAGUCCUGAUGUUUUGAACCAGAUGGACACCACACCCACCUUGACCCCCAGUAGCGAGCUUAUCAGCUCCAACUCAACAACAGUUGCUGGGUCUGGUAUUACUGGGGGCGACCAGCUGAACAAUUUGGACCUCAGCUCUCUUUUCUCUGCUGUGCCCGGAGGCACUGCACCCACUGCUGGUAUCGGAGUGGGAAUUCCUGUUGGCGGUAGCAGCUCUAAUGGCACCUUCACCAUGGACCUUUCCCUGGUCAGCUCAGGCAUCCUCACUAUCGACCCCUCCUCAGUUGGAACUACACUUGGUACUAGCACUAGCACCACGUUGGCCAAGACUGUGGACCCUCUUAUCCUAGCAGCCAGUGCUGACAUGGGCCCUCCCCAUGGUCUGGAGGGAACAGUGGGUGAUGUCCUGCCCCCACAGGGAACCCUAAACCUAGAUGAUGUGCAGACGGUUACCCCGGAAGCCCUUGGAACCCUCACUGCUCUCACCGUGCAGGGUGCUGGUGCCUCUGUUGACCCCACUUUACAACACCCACUCAGCUCCUCCAGCACCCUAAGUGUAGAGGCCACAACCACCCUGGCUGUGGCUCCUGUGGCCGAGCUGCUGGCCUCACCCUCUACGGUGGUGGAGGUUGGUGGGCAGAGGGGAGCGGGGCCUCUGCUGGGCUGUGUAGAGGUGCUGGGGUCUCCAGAAGGAGGAAAAGUCCUCACCCAGUUUGUUUUCCCCACUCACAGCAGCAGCUUCAGCUCUCAGAAAGACCCAGAACUCAACUCUGUGUCAGCAAGCAGCUUCCUAGAGAGUGGAGGCUCAGCCAGGACUGACUACAGAGCCAUCCAGCUGGCCAAGAAGAAGAAGAAGCAACGAGGCCCAUUAGCUUCUCCUGGGAGUUCAGGAUCAGGCCAGAGAAAAACAAAAGGAGCAAAGGCAGCCAUUGCACCAGCGCUGCUGGCUCCCUCUGGUGCUCGCUAUGGUGAAGGAACUGCAGCCAUCAAUGGGGGCCUGACUUUGCGCGACCCCGUCACUGGGGCCCAGUAUGUCCAGAUCCAGCUGCUACAGGACGACCCAGCCAGUGAUGGCGAUCUGGCCUUUCAGCUGAGCUCUCAGCCCUCCAGCUCCCACUCUCAGCUCACUGUUGACCUGCCUGUCAACAUUUUACAGGAACCUUCAGUGAUGGCUGAGGAUGACAAUGGCUCUGACAACUCCCAGUUUACAGGAAGCACAAUUAACCUUCAGGACUUAGAGUGAUCACCAGAGAGCUGCAGGCCAGAGGUGUGCUGCAAUGAUUGAUCUCUCUGGCACCUUAUCACUGUCCACAAUUUACAUCAACAAACAUACCUUGAGAUGUUUGACUCCAUCAAACAGUUGACCUGUUGUUUCCCAAGACUUUGAAAGCAUUUUUGGACGUGCUGUCAAUAUAGUUGAGGAAGGAGGUGGACAUGAUUUCACAUAAUGCACCUUGAGAAGAGGAUAUAAGAGUUCUUUGUUCAGAAGUCCAAUUUGUACCAAAAUCAAACCUGUGAGCACUCUCAUGUCAAAGAGACAUCAGAGGCUCCGUAAUUCCUCUGCAUCCUGUGGGUAUUAACAGUAACGGUGUCUAUUCCAUGGUGCCACAUUGCCACUCAUGCACACUUGGUGUGCUAUCUACGCUCCAGUUGCCUUACAGACACCUCAUGCUGUGCACAAUUCCACCAGGUUAUCUACUUUGUUGUCAUUUUGAUUUGACAGGUUUUGUUAGAUUUAUUUUUCAUGUUCAUGUUGAAAACAUGCCUGUUCAUGUGUUUAUAUACAGUAUGUAAUGAGUUAAUACUUAAUUGUGAAAUUUCAUUUGUUUAUUUAUUGUUUAGCUGUGGGUUUACAGAAUGGCAGAGCCAAACACAAAGAUGAAUUAAAGAAUUAAAGCACAAUCAGAA